AUGGAUGUCUACUACUUCUACUCCUACGGCACUGCCGCAUGGCUGGCGACCCAAGCCGCGCCUCUGAUCGCGUCCCCCACAAUGAUAGUAGCAUUGUUGUCCCCCGAAGUCCGCGAAGCUUCCACUCUCGAAGUCUACUUCUCCCGCACCCUGGGCCUUUCGCUCAUCGCCCUGGGUAUCCUAACCGUCCUCCUCACGGGGUCUGUUCCAUUGUCUAGUCGACUCUCUGAAGGCGCCACAACCAACGAGGAAGACCCGAAAGCCCCCUACGCCCUCCCCACGCUCACCGUAACCGCCAUGUUCCACUCCGCCCUCGCCUUCUACGGCUACGCCAUGUGGACGCGCACCGGCGUCAUGGCCUUCAGCUUGGGCACACUAGGUUCCGGUUUCCUGGCCAUAGUGGCACUGUGGUGCAUCUUGUUUGCGAGCAGCAAUGGACGGAUCAGCAGGAAGACUGGGGCGGAUAAGAGGACGUCUGGUUUCCCGUUCAAGAACGCUGAGGCGGAGAAGAAGAAGGGUAGGUAG